AUGCCUACUCUCGGCUUCUUGAAGAAGAAGCGGACAAGGGAGGGCAACUCAGACCCUUCGUCCACCAGCCAGCCAACGAGCCCGGUCACUCCUACGUCUAACAAGAGCUUCAAUCCGACUAUCUCAUCACAGCAGUCCGCCGCGUCGCAAGCGACUUCCCAGCCAAGCACGACAAACACACAAGACAGUCGAGCCGAGACAGCAGAGAAACAACCAAUGAAUAACCUCCCAGUCCAACAGCCAGUUGUGCCGCCGCAACAGACCCCCUCCCCGGGAUCUGAGCCGCAAAACCUCCCCAGCAUAUUGAACCUCAUCAACCAGCCCCAGCAUGGGGCUGCCCCCCAGUCCCAUCAGCAACAAGAAACCGCGAGGUUCCCACUACCGCCGACAAACGGCGGAGGGGCGGGCAAUCCAUUCCAGUCAUCUAACAUGACUCAACCAGAGCAGCAGCAACGGCAGCAACCACAUCAGCAACCGCAGCAGCAGCAGCAGCAGUAUCAACAACAACACCAUCAGCAACAGCCGCAGCAGCAGCAACUGCACCCGCAACAGCACCCGCAGCAACACCAUCAGCACCAGCUCCAGCUACACCAGCAACAACCACACCAGCAACAACCACACCAGCAGCAGGUGCAGCUGUCUGCCCAGGAUCAAGCCCGAGUGACUAAGGGGAAAUACUCGCUGGGUGAUUUUGAGAUACAAAGGACCCUCGGAACAGGGAGUUUUGGCCGAGUCCACCUGGUGCAGUCGCGGCAUAACCAGCGAUUCUAUGCCAUAAAGGUGCUUAAGAAGGCGCAGGUAGUCAAGAUGAAGCAGGUCGAACACACCAACGACGAGAGGAAGAUGCUUGGCGAGGUCAAGCACCCAUUCCUGAUCACCCUGUGGGGCACCUUCCAAGAUUCGAGAAACCUAUACAUGGUUAUGGACUUUGUCGAGGGUGGCGAGCUCUUUUCGCUGCUUAGGAAGUCUGGCCGCUUUCCCAACCCUGUUGCCAAGUUCUACGCCGCCGAAGUCACAUUGGCGCUGGAAUAUCUUCACUCGAGGAAUAUCAUAUAUCGGGACCUGAAACCCGAGAACCUACUCCUUGACCGGCACGGCCACUUGAAGAUAACCGACUUUGGAUUCGCAAAGCGUGUACCGGAUAAAACGUGGACGCUCUGUGGCACGCCCGACUAUCUUGCGCCUGAGGUCGUCUCCAACAAGGGAUAUAACAAGUCUGUAGAUUGGUGGUCACUAGGCAUCUUGAUAUACGAAAUGCUAUGUGGCUAUACUCCGUUCUGGGAUAGCGGAUCCCCAAUGAAGAUCUAUGAGAACAUCCUCAAGGGCAGGGUGAAAUACCCGCCAUAUAUCAACCCGGACGCUCAAGAUCUGUUGGAGCGGCUGAUCACGCACGACCUCACCACCCGUCUUGGGAACUUGUAUGGCGGCUCACAAGAUGUUAAGAACCACCCAUGGUUUUCCGAGGUCACUUGGGAUCGACUUGCAAGGAAAGACAUUGAUGCACCUUACACGCCGCCUGUAAAAGCGGGUGCGGGAGAUGCUAGCCAGUUCGACAGGUAUCCCGAGGAAACUGAGCAAUACGGGCAUGCAGGAAGCGACGAGUUUGCCAAGCUUUUCGCCGAGUUCUAA